AUGCCAGGAGUACAGUACCGCUUUAUGGUUACAGCCGUAGGGCCAAGUGGUAGACUUGGAGAGACAGUUGCCAGCUCCUGGACGGAAAUAAACAAUUCGACGGCAAUUAAGACACUUGAGGGUUUGGUGACGCUAAGAAAUGGUUAUAAUAAUGAGAAAGGAGUGACGGCACACGACUCUUCCCCAUCAGUUUUGAUGCCCCACCUAGAGUUCCAAGCUGCGUACACCAUUAGCAUUGUUCCCACCUCAGCUGAGAAGACUCAGUUGAGCAAGCCACUGUUAGCCAACUUCAAAUCGCUCCAGUGCAAGGAUGUGCAUGGACAGGGUAGCAUUCAGUGUGUGCCCGAGCCUGUGCUGAACCUAUCGGUAGUGCUGCGCCCUAACGGAACAGGAGUGGUCUCGUGGAUUCCCUCAGCUGACCAGGAAAAUAUACUUUUUUACCAAUUGAUUUACUAUGCAUUGCGACAUGAGAGUGGCUGCCAAGUUCGACAGGAGACAGUAAAUAUUAGAGCUGUCGCCAGUUCCGUCACUGUCGACUUUCCUGGCCAGAAAUGCGAAUAUGUCGUUCGCCUCGUCAACUACGAU